AUGAGAUAAUGAGCAGAACGGCCACACCUAUGGCAGACACCACGUGCAGAAACAUCUCAGCAGCAUCAGCUAGAGAAGGAAAGAUGCAGAGGAAAUCUCCAUCAUCUUCUUCCGGAGUGUUUGUGAAGCUCUCAGGGAUCUUCUUGGUCGGUUUAGUUGCAUGGAUUUACCACGUAAUUCAACCUCCACCUCCUAAGAUUUGUGGAGCAUCAAAUGCUCCUCCUGUUACAUCUCCUAGAAUUAAGCUCAGGGAUGGCAGGCAUCUGGCAUACCUAGAAUCGGGGGUUCCAAAGGAGAAGGCCAACUAUAAGAUUAUCUUCAUCCACGGUUUUGAUUCUUGCAGAUAUGAUGUGUUUCCUGUUUCUCAGGAACUAGUGGAGGAAUUAGGUAUCUAUUUACUUUCUUUUGACAGAUCUGGAUAUGGAGAAAGUGAUCCUGAUCCAAAGAAGACUGUAAAAAGCACAGCACUGGAUAUUGAAGAACUUGCUGACCAGUUGGGACUUGGUUCUAAGUUCCACAUUAUGGGUUUCUCCAUGGGCGGGGAAAUUGCUUGGACCUGUCUGAAAUGCAUACCUCACAGGCUUGCAGGAGCGGCAAUUGUUGCUCCAGUUUCUAACUACUGGUGGUCUGGAUUUCCCCUUAAUUUAUCCAUGGAAGCUUACAACCAACAGGCCAUGCAAGACAAAUGGGCAGUCGGAGUGGCUCAUUAUGCUCCUUGGCUGGUGUAUUGGUGGAACACUCAGAAAUGGUUUCCAUCAUCAAGCGUCAUAGAACAUAACUCUAAAAUUUUCUCUGCACCGGACUUGAAGCUCUUAGGAAAGUUUGAUGCUAGAACUCAUUAUGUGGCACAGAUAAGGCAACAAGGAGAAUACGAGUCACUCCAUCGCGACAUGAUAGUUGGUUUUGGCAAAUGGGAAUUUGACCCAAUGGAUCUCCAGAACCCAUUUCCAAGCAAGGAAGGAACUGUUCAUUUAUGGCAUGGAACUGAAGAUCUUGUUGUACCUGUUAUCUUAUCUAGACACAUUAGCCAGAAGCUUCGCUGGGUUCAAUAUCAUGAACUAACUGAUGCAGGCCACAUGUUUCCUCUGGCUGAUGGAAUGCCAGAUGCCAUUGUAAGGAAGCUUCUCUUAGAAGGUUAGCAGAGUUAUAUCAGCUUCAAUGGCCUGUAUUGUUUCCUUACCUGUAUGCUUUCGCCUGGAUUUCAUAUGGUUAUUUAUAAGAGAAGCAAGUAUGGUAUGUUUCUAA